UACAAGUCUAUCUUUAUGUUCAGUCAGUCUGAAAAUCCACAUGCAGGAGGAUCGAUGUCAAGAAGCAGCUCGUCAGUUUUAUAGUUUAUGGCAGCUGCUACACCUGUGACCAUGAGCGAGUUGCAGCUGAACGUCUGGCUGACAGCAGGACGGAGGGAGGAAAGGGAAGCUUAAAUGAGCGAGAGGCAGGGGGCAGAGGAGGAGUGGCAGAAUGAUAGAGUGAAUUAAUUCAACCUUAGCCAGCCCUGAUUGACUUGGUAGCAAACUGUCAUGUGCAAACACUCACAGUGACACCAAAGCUAUGGAGAGAGAAAAGAGGAAUGACAUGUCUUUCUCCAGAAAGAGAAGUUUCACUUUUGGAGCAUAUGGAGGUUCUCACUUCCUUGUUUACAGUGUGGACAGAUUCACAUGUGGGGAUGAGACGAGACCUGAAACUGCAGAGGAAAACUUACUGGACUCUCCUGCCGGUGACAGAAAGCCUUUCCUCCCUGCCAGCAGCAACCAGAGGGACACAGAGCUGUUUGAAAUCAUUGAAAAGCUGCAGGGCAGCAGGAUCGAUGAGCAGCGGUGUGAAUUCCCUCUUCCUCUGAAGUCUCAGCUUCUCACGAUAGGUGCAGACCUGCCGCUCAUCCUCCCUCCGAAGCUAGGGGGCUACUGGGUAGACCCCCCACUGCAGAGGCUUGUAGAUGUGAGUCCCACCUCCUCCCACUAUGGCUUCGUCCCUGAGUGCUACGACAUCAUGGAGAGAGAUCGGGAGGCUAAAAUCUACCACAAGUUCUUCCGCUCACGAUACCAUCACUCAUUCACAGCAGUGGAUCCUGCUUUGGGGCCUCUGGUUCUCUCUGUGUGUUUGGAGGAAGAGGAGAGCAAGCUGCGGGUGAUACUCAGAAUGAAGGAGUGCUCUCUGCAUGGAGCUUUCUCUGUCUCUCUUUUCCCCAACAUCCCAUCUGCUGUUGAAUUAGCAAAGAUGCUCUGUGACAGAGUGACUGUCUCAAAGUUUGAAGUUGUCAGCUACCUCAAGGCUCCAGAACUCAUAACUACAUUUGAUGAACACAGAGUGUCUCCUAAUUUCAAGUUUGGGGUUUUGUACCAAAGGGACAGGCAGUUCAAUGAGGAGGACAUCCUCAGUAACAAUGAGGAAAGUGAAGAGUUUAAAGAGCUCCUUUCUAUUUUGGGAGAGACCAUUCAACUGCAAGGCUUCACCAGGUUCAGGGGAGGAUUGGAUGUGUGUCAUGGUCAGACAGGAAGUGAGGCCAUCUUCACUUCCUUUCAUGGGAGAGAAAUCAUGUUCCAUGUCGCAACUAAACUGCCUUUCACAGACGGUGACCCGCAGCAGUUACAAAGAAAAAGGCACAUUGGUAACGACAUUGUAGCUUUGGUCUACCAGGAAGGCCAGUCCCCUUUUCUAUCUGACAUUAUCAAGUCUCACUUUCUACACUGUUUCCUGGUGGUCCGGAGGAUAAAGAGGACGGAGGAUACGAGUGAAACUGCGUACGAGGUGUCCGUCACAGCCAGAGAGGAUGUUCCUCCGUUUGGUCCGGUGCUUCCGGAUCCUCCCAUCUUCACUGAUCGUGCCUUGCUGAGAGAAUUCCUUCUGACGAAACUCAUCAACGCAGAGAUUUCAUGCUAUAAAGCGCAACAAUUCAGCAGACUAGAGCUCCGCACUCGCUCAUUGCUGCUGGAGAGCCUGCAUGCUGAACUCUGCACUCGUUCCCAGUGCAUGAUGGGGGAUCCAUCAAUAGCGUCUCUCCCAUCCUCAGAGGGUCCUCGGGUGGUGUCUGAGGGGAGUGGAGGAUUCAUUGAAAACUUCAAGAGAGCCAUAAGAGUGCGGAGUCACUCUUUCGAGACCCUCGGGGUGCCCAGGAGGAUUGGAGGUAGUGCAUCACAGAGGCCCAAGACAGAGAAAGAUGGAGAUGGUGACAGGUCUCCAGGUCCUCUGCCAGCUGACAGUCUGGGGCCGUCUGAGAUCAGAGAUCAAGCCAGUCCUCAAGAAGACACAUAAAGGGAAAUAUCUAUUAGAAGAUUUAAAAUAUUAUAUAUAUGGUUACUACUUUAUUAUCCUGCUGGGAGGCUUAAAUGUAAAUAGAGUGUAAAAGUAAAAAGUAUAUCUGAGAAUGUAAUUAUUUUAUUGUUAUAGCAGUAAUAUUGU